AUAAAAAAUUAAAAAUAAUAAUAAUGUCUCAAGCAAGGAAGGCUAUAUUUGAAAGCGUGCCAGUGUUAUGAUAUCACACGAUCAAUACAGAGAAAAACGAUGGAGGCCGUGAAGGACGUACUCUGCAUGAACAACGGAGUAGGCGAAAAUAGCUAUGUUAAGGCUGAAGCACUGACGAUAAAAGUGAUGGCCAUAACCAAGCCGAUAGUUCCAAAGGCUGUUCAAUCUCUCUUCACAGAAACUGAUCAUUCAAUCCCACUUCAAGUUGUUAACGUAGCUGACCUGGGGUGUGCUGUAGGUCCCCAACCUCUUGAAUUCAUGUCAACAGUGAUAGAGAGCAUCUUGAAAAAAUGCGGGGAAAUGGGACGCGAAAUGCCAGAAAUCCAGUUUUUCUUGAAUGAUUUAGUCGGAAACGAUUUCAACACACUGUUCAAAGGGUUGUCUGUGGUUCAAGAAAAAUAUAAGAAGGUUUCAUGGUUUGCUAUGGGUGCUCCUGGUUCCUUCCAUGGCCGGCUUUUCCCUCGGAACUCCAUGCAUCUUGUAUAUUCCUGUUAUAGCGUACACUGGCUCUCUGAGGCACCAAAAAUCACAAACGAAGCAGGGUUACCAUUAAACAAGGGGAAGAUCUACAUGUCUAAAACCAGCCCUCCUGCGGUGACAAAGGCAUAUCUUUCUCAGUUCCAAGAAGACUUCUCUUCUCUCUUGAAAUUCCGGUCUCAAGAGCUGGCACCUAAUGGCCGUGUGGUCUUGAUUUUCAAUGGACGUCAAACUGCAGAUCCCACUAAUAAAGAUACCUGCUACACAUGGGAUCUUCUUGCUGAGGCCUUAUCCUACCUGGUUUCACAGGGACUGGUUGAUGAAGGAAAAUUAGAUUCCUUCAACGUACCCUACUACAAUCCCUCCCAAGAAGAAAUUAAGCACUUGGUAGACAAGGAAGGUUCUUUGACAAUCGAGUUCAUAGACACAAUUGAACUGGAGAUUGGGGGUCCAAAUGGAUAUUGGUCGAGCCCAGAAUCAAGAAUUAGAGGCCACAGAUGCUUUACGGAGCCCCUUUUGUCACACCAGUUCGGGGAACGGCUGAUGGACAAGCUAUACGACAGGGCCACACAGAUUCUGGUGGAGGAUUACAAGCAUGGAAAAGAAGCAACCAAGAACAUUGGCAUUGCUGUUGUGCUGAAAAAGAAAAAACUCUGACCUGGAGCUGAUUUCUGGGUCAUUCAGGAAAGAAUUUGACCAAAGAAUCAGAAUCAAUGUCAUAAAUAAUGGUAUGAAUUAUGGUGUUUAUUUGGAUUUAUGCAGUGUGCUGGUUAGACGAUUUGUACUAAGUCUUCGCUGUUUCUUGGUUAUGCCAAGGUUUUGUAUCAAAUUCUUGAUAAUAAAAUCUUUAUCUUUGAUUGAAAAAAAAAAAAUAA